AUGGCGCUUUCCAUACACAAUAAGGACAAGCAGAUGGAUUCAAGUAAAUAUGUGAGGUAUACACCUGAGCAAGUUGAAGCAUUGGAGAGGGUGUAUACAGAAUGUCCAAAGCCCAGUUCUUUGAGAAGACAACAGCUUAUUAGAGAGUGUCCUAUUCUCUCGAACAUUGAGCCUAAACAGAUCAAAGUCUGGUUUCAAAACCGCAGAUGUCGUGAAAAACAGAGAAAGGAAGCCUCUCGUCUGCAGACAGUGAAUAGAAAGCUGACUGCCAUGAACAAGCUGUUGAUGGAAGAGAAUGACCGUUUGCAGAAGCAAGUCUCCCAUUUGGUGUAUGAAAAUGGAUACAUGCGCCAACAAAUUCAGACCGCAUCGGCAACGACCACAGACAAUAGCUGUGAGUCUGUGGUCAUGAGUGGUCAGCACCAACAACAGCAAAACCCAACACCUCAGCAGCCCCAAAGGGAUGCUAACAACCCAGCUGGUCUUCUCGCAAUAGCUGAGGAGACCCUGGCAGAGUUCCUUUCCAAGGCUACCGGAACUGCUGUCGACUGGGUCCAGAUGAUUGGGAUGAAGCCUGGUCCGGAUUCUAUUGGAAUCGUUGCUGUUUCCCGCAACUGCAGCGGAGUAGCGGCACGAGCCUGCGGCCUUGUGAGCUUGGAGCCCACGAAGGUUGCUGAAAUCCUCAAAGAUCGUACAUCUUGGUAUCGUGACUGCCGAUGUCUUGACAUAUUGAGUGUGAUUCCCACAGGAAGUGGAGGGACAAUUGAGCUGAUAUACAUGCAGACUUAUGCACCAACAACAUUGGCUGCAGCACGUGACUUUUGGACAGUAAGAUAUACUACAACCUUGGAAGAUGGAAGUCUUGUGAUAUGUGAGAGGUCAUUGACUACUUCUACUGGUGGCCCAACAGGACCUCCUUCUUCAAGCUUCGUAAGAGCUGAAAUGCUUCCCAGUGGCUAUCUAAUUCGACCAUGUGAAGGUGGUGGCUCCAUCAUUCACAUUGUUGAUCAUGUUGACUUAGAUGUUUGGAGUGUUCCUGAAGUUCUGAGGCCACUUUAUGAAUCAUCCAAAAUUCUUGCUCAAAAAAUGACCAUGGCGGCGUUGCGGCACAUAAGACAAAUUGCACAAGAGACUAGUGGAGAAAUUCAAUAUGGAGGGGGCGCCAGCCUGCUGGGUUUUAAUGAUGCUGUGAAUGGGUUCACAGAUGAUGGUUGGUCACUUCUGGGCGGUGAUGGUGGGGAUGAUGUGACUAUCGUCAUAAAUUCUUCUCCAAAUAAAUUUCUAGGAUCUCAAUACAAUGCAUCUAUGUUUCCUACAUUUGGAGGAGGGGUGCUGUGUGCUAAGGCAUCGAUGUUGUUGCAGAAUGUUCCUCCUGCUUUGCUUGUUCGUUUUCUGAGAGAACAUCGUUCAGAGUGGGCUGACUAUGGGGUUGAUGCCUACUCUGCUGCUUGUCUUAAAGCAAGUCCUUAUGCAGUUCCUUGUGCCAGACCUGGUGGCUUCCCUAGUAGCCAGGUCAUUUUACCUCUUGCUCAUACUGUUGAGCAUGAAGAGUUCUUGGAGGUAGUUCGGCUGGAGGGCCAUGCAUUCUCGCCAGAAGAUGUAGCAUUGGCACGGGACAUGUACUUGUUACAGCUAUGCAGUGGAGUUGAUGAAAAUGCUGUUGGUGCUUGUGCUCAGCUUGUAUUUGCACCUAUUGAUGAAUCCUUCGCUGAUGAUGCACCAUUGCUGCCAUCUGGAUUUCGUGUCAUACCAUUGGAUACUAAAACAGAUACACCUGCUGCAACUCGCACUUUAGAUUUAGCCUCUACACUUGAAGUAGGACCUGGUGGUGCACGUUCAGCUAGUGAAGCUGACUCCAGCAGUUAUAACCUUAGGUCAGUUCUGACAAUUGCGUUCCAAUUUACGUUUGAGAACCACUUGCGAGACAAUGUAGCUGCUAUGGCUCGCCAAUACGUCCGUGGUGUUGUGGGUUCUGUUCAGAGGGUUGCAAUGGCAAUUGCGCCCUCGCGGCUUAGCUCCAAUAUGGGGCCAAAGUCCCUUCCUGGCUCUCCUGAGGCUCUCACUUUGGCACGUUGGAUAUGCCGAAGCUACAGGAUCCAUACUGGAGGAGAACUAUUUCGGGUUGAGUCCCAAGCUGGCGAUGCUUUGCUGAAGCAACUGUGGCACCAUUCAGAUGCAAUUAUGUGCUGCUCCUUGAAAACAAAUGCAUCUCCAGUUUUUACUUUUGCGAACCAGGCUGGACUUGAUAUGCUUGAAACUACUCUUGUGGCCCUUCAAGAUAUAAUGCUUGACAAGAUUCUUGAUGAAGCAGGUCGGAAGGUUCUCUGCUCUGAGUUCUCUAAGAUAAUGCAACAGGGAUUUGCGUAUCUGCCAGCCGGAAUAUGCGUAUCCAGCAUGGGUAGGCCAGUCUCCUACGAGCAGGUCAUUGCAUGGAAAGUUCUCAAUGAUGAUGAUUCCAACCACUGCCUGGCCUUCAUGUUCAUGAGCUGGUCCUUUGUGUAA